UCAUACCAUCAGUUGGCGUAUGAUAACAAUAAACAACCCUGAAACAAGAGAUACGCAUCAGCGGGACCUGUCGCUCGAAUUCGACACAAACGCACUGAAAAUAUGAGCCGAGACAGCGACAGAUACUUGGGGAAACGUCUCGUCAAGUAAAGUUGGAGUCUCGUCGGUCCUGACACAACGCAUUUUCGAGUUUUUGUGUCAAGCCUAGGGGAGAACUAGAGUUACGGUCUACCCCUUCCUUAGCCCCCUCCAGCUAGCUGUGGCUCAUUCCUUGUUUUUGCACACUUUGUUUUAGUCUGUUAUGCAGUUGCCAGAGGACUGUAUUCGCACUCGUUCUCCUCCGCCACCUCUUCGCUCCCUCUCCCCGCUCUCUCUGGCCCUAUGUCUCGCUGGCUUUUCCCCUGGUCAGGCUCAAUCAAGAAGCGGGCCUGUCGGUACCUCUUACAGCACUACCUCGGUCACUUUUUGCAGGAACGACUGAGUCUGGACCAGCUGGGUUUGGACUUGUACAAUGGCAGCGGUGUCAUCAAGGAAAUCAACCUCGAUGUCUGGGCGGUCAAUGAGCUUCUGGAGUCUCUUGGAGCUCCUCUGGAGAUAGUGGAUGGCUUUGUGAGCAGCAUAGCCGUGACCAUACCCUGGCAAGCUCUCCUGACUGAUCACUGUACCUUAGAAGUUUCUGGUCUUCAGAUAACAUGUCGACCCAAAUAUCGCACUGGUGGGAGUUGGGACUCCCAGGGCUGGUCAUCAAGCAUGACUUCCAGCAUGCAGCUGGCUCAGGAGUGCCUGAAGGACCCCCCGGAGACAUCCGAGGAGCCACCUGCCCAGCUGGAAGGGCUUGAGAUGUUUGCACAGACCAUUGAGACGGUCCUUCGUCGUAUUAAAGUUACCUUCAUAGACACUAUUGUUCGCAUUGAGCACCAGCCCCUGGACCUGGAAACAGACGUUGCCUUAGAAGUGCACAUCAAGCGGCUGGAAUACUUUGACGAGGCAGUUCGAGAUCCUGCCAGCCAGACUGCUGUACCUGUUGACAUCCACCAGCCGCCUGCCUUCCUGCACAAGAUCCUCCAGCUGACGGCUGUACAGCUGUUCUACGACAGCUCCGGCACAGUGCAGGGUCCUCCUGAGGAGGAACGCCCAGAAUCAGCCAUGACAAGUGAAGAAGAAGAAGAAGAGGAAGAAGAAGAAGUAGAUGCAGAUGAGGGAGAGGAUAAAAUGGGGAGGCCCCAAACAUCCCCUCCCUGUCCUCCAUCACAGCCACUGCUCAUAGGAAGCUGCUCCGGUUUCAUAGAGACCACCGUCAAGAUCAAACAGAAUGACAUGCUGCCUGGACCAAAGUUGGAGUUGGAUGGGAAGGUGGGCUGUGUUCACAUGCUGCUGUCUCCAGAUCAAAUCACCCAUCUUACAGACCUGCUGGCAGCCCUCUGCAUUGACACUGAACCAGAGGCCAAGUGUGGUGGAGUACACAACCGUCCGUUAGACUCAGAUGACCUGCGUAUGAUUGAAGAGGACCUCAGUAAGCAGCUGGGCUCCAGUCCUAGAGACAGGGAGUGGGAUCCUGAGCCAACCCUGGAGCCCUACGUCACCAGCCUGGAGAAUGGAGAAAUGUUUUACUCCAUGGGUCCUGCUGGGAUGACCAGUAGUGUGACAUCUGUGCGCUCUGGCAGUGAGUUGUCAGACAGUGAUAUGGAGUCUUCCACACACAGUAUAGCCAGCUUCACACAGCCUGCAGCACUGUCUGCACAGGGCAUGGUGAACUGUUCCAGGAGAUAUCCUGUAGCGGGCUGCCUGUCGAGUCUACCCCAGGCAAGCAGCCGGACCAGAGGACGUUCGCACAGCGGCCAGGCUGAACAGCUGAAGCCCGAUGCGUUGUUGCGACUGACCCUUGGUGGGCUCACUCUAACCCUGCUGCAGGAGGACCCGCCCUCUCAGUCUGACAGCGCCUUGUCGUUGGCUCAGGUGUCUCAGGCGUUCUUCCGGGAGCUGGCCUUCUUUAAGGACAGCAUGUUCAGUGAAAGAGACUUACACCAUCUGAGAGGUGGCUUUGCCAAGGCCUGCCCACAUUCCCAUCUCAGAGUGACAGGAGCAGCAGUACAGGUUGCCUGUGAGAUGCGGAGCGGGAGACGCCAUAGUCGGGCUGUGACCUCUGACCUUUCCUUCAGCAGACUGGAGCUGUUGGAGUGCCUCUGGGAAGAUGGAAAGCCCCAGUAUAGCGAGUUGCUUCAGUUCCAGAAAGCUGGUAUGUUCACAGUUGGAGCUGCAGCCAGACCAUGUGCCCAGCUACACUACGGCCUCACUGAAAAACACCUGCGCAGGGGAAAACAGCGGGUGGUGCGGCGGGAAAGUGUAGUGCGGGUGGAGUUGGCAGAGCUGAGCGCCGAGCUGGACCUAGACGUCCUGAGUCGACUGGGGAGCCUGAGCAAAGCCUUCAGCCACUGUCCCACACAGACUGCUGGACCUGGACUCAUACAGACCCAGACGAGUGAGCUGUGCUCCUCCUUCACCCUCCUCUCCCCCCACGCUGUCCUCAGGCUGCGCUUCCCCAUACCUGACCUGCGGCCCAUCUCUAAGCGUCGACCACCGACCCAGAGGGCAGUGCGACAAGAGACCUUAGUGCUGGAGCUGACGGAGCUAGAACUGAAGCAUCAGGAGGCCCCGGGCCUUCAAAGCGAGCAGACUGCCCCGGGACAGCCGUGGGCUCCCUGCCUCACCCAGCUGCUGGAGGCCUCCUUCACUGACCUGCAUGGAUCAUACGAGGGCUGGGAGGGUGGCUCUUUCCCCUGUAUCAGAGUGAAGAAGAACCGUGAUGUUCUGCCCAGGAUAUCGGUGCGUGUGCGUGGGGGUGAGGCUCAGGACCCGGCAGCAGGUCUGGAUGGGAUGAACUUGGGCCUCAUCAGGGACCUCGGGGCUGCCUUCUUUGAAAGUCACUGUGAACUCAACGACAAAAGCAGCUCUCCGUUCUCCUCCAACCGCACCAUGUUUGAGACUGAGGAGAUGGUGAUUCCGGCCGACCCAGAGGAGAUGAAUCAGUUUCAGGCGCAGUGUGUUGCUCAGUGUCAGUGUGCUGUGGACAUCAACCUGCCACUGACUUACAUCCUGCUGCCCAGCAAACAGGCCUUCCAGAGCAUCUAUAACAGGAUCAAUAAUGAUCUGUUGAUGUGGGAGCCUCCUCCCCCCUCAGCCCACAGCCCCGACCACAGCCGCCAUCACUGCGAUGAGUUCCAGUUAUGCAAGUCGGCCUUUAGACUGGACUCCGAUUCAGAAGAGGACGAGCCUCACUUCUACUUGGCCAGUGAAUCAGCUGGAAGGACUCAACAGUCAGCUUCUCGUCCCAACCACAAUUUGAGCCUCCUCUCUCUCACUGUGAUUAUCGGCAAAGGUCGCCUCCAAGCCAGAACAGACAGGAAGGAGGACCAGAGUCAUGGCGAAAUUAUACUGGACCUGGAAGGGGGGAAGAUGUUCAGUGUGGCUCAGCACCAGAACAACCCCAAUCUCAAUUUCCUGUGUCUGGAGAGCAAACGAGUGGAGCUCUACCAUAGAGCUGUGGUGAAAAACACCCCCAUCCCACAGCGGUUAGAGAUGCCCAAAUUCACUCCCCCAAAGCACUUGGACCCCACCAUCUACCCCACAGAGGUGGGCGUGAGCAGCGUGAGCGGCAGGGAGGGAGAGCCACAGAUGUUGUCCACAGCCAUUAAAAUUACGCUGGACCCACAGAGGAGUGUCAAGGAGUUCCUGGUUGCUCUUCGACUUCAAGGUGCCACAAUGCGACAUUACAUGACGCAGACCAAUCACAGCUGGCACGAGCAGCUGGUUGACUUCCUGGAUGUCAUUGAUGAUCCCAUUCUGGGAUACACAGCACCAGCUGUCAUCACUGUCCUCCACACACACCUCGCUACCUGUGCUGUCGACUACAGACCUUUGUAUCUUCCACUGCGAUUGUUGUUCACAGCAGAGUCCUUCUCUCUGUCCAGUAACAUCAUUGUAGACACUGCCACUUUCCACCUCAGAUUCAUCCUGGAUGACUCUGCUCUCUACCUCUCUGACAAAUGUGAGACUGACACCGUGGACUUGAGGAGAGACUACGUGUGUAUUCUGGACAUUGACCUACUGGAGCUCGCCAUCACCACGUGGAAAGGGAGCAAUACGGGCAAGCUGUCUCAGCCUCUCUUUGAGCUCCGUUGUUCCAACAAUGUGGUCCACCUUCAUACCUGUGCUGACUCCUGCGCUGCCCUGGUCAAUAUGCUGCAGUACCUGGUCUCCCAGGGUGACCUGCACCCCCCUCCACGACACACCUCACCCACUGAAAUCGCUGGACAGAAAUUACCCCUGUCAGAAAGUCCUGCGUUUGGGCUGCCCUGCCCUCCAGCUGAGACCGCUGAGAUCAACCAGUAUGACCUGGCUGAUGCCUUAAUUGACACAGAGAAGAGCCACCGAGAAGAGAGUUUAGAUCCAGGGUCACCCUCCAUGCCAAGGGGCUCGCCUGUCUCCGUCUACCUGUUCCCUGGUGAAGCCUCAAAGUGUGGCCCCUCCAUCCUGCAGGGUGAGGACUCUGAGCUUGAUGGACUGGUUGCCACAGCAACAGAGGCACAGGCAGAUAUGAUGUCAGACAGAGGCUCUGAGGGCUCCACUGACAACGAUGAUUUCUGCAUCUUGGAGGCUCCCGGCAUGGGCAUUCCUCCUAAGGAUGGGGAGCCCGUGGUGACGGUGCUGUCAACGGGGCCCAUCAAGGUGAAGGACAGUCACUUUUCCAGGCCUCGAGGCAGCUCAGACCUGCUCCGAGCCCCCAGCCGCUUCCCGGUGCCCCAGAGCAGGGUGGUGCUACGGGAGAUCUCUGUGGUGUGGCAUCUCUAUGGGGGCAAGGACUUUGGUGGCAAACCUAUAUCUAUACAUGCCCAGCACGCAAGCAGGGGACGUUCAGUCCCUGCUGGUGUGCGUGGGUCCCCGUCUCGCUCCGUCUCUUCCUCCCGGCCCCAGAACUCUUGGCGCUGGGCUGGAGGCAGUGGGCGUCAGCACACACUGCUGAUGGAGAUCCAGCUCACCAAGGUGUCCUUUCAGCAUGAGUCUUACCCGGUGGCAGUAGUGGGGCAAGAUGGGGAGGGGUCAAUGGCAGCUGGGGUCGGGGUCAGCCCUGGAGGCGAACAGCCCCUCUCCAGACAGGUUUUCAUUGUCCAGGAGCUGGAGGUUCGGGACCGACUGGCCUCUUCACAAAUCAACAAAUUCCUUUACCUCUACACCAGCGAGAGUAUGCCACGCCGAGCCCACUCCAACAUGCUGACAGUGAAGGCCCUGCAGGUGUGUCCCGAGUCUGGACUCGGUGGUCCAGAGUGCUGUCUUCGGAUCAGCCUGCUGCCACUAAGACUUAACAUUGACCAGGACGCACUGUUUUUCUUGAAGGACUUUUUCAGUAAUCUAGCUUCCUUUGUUAACCCUUACCUACCUGUGGACCCUGCAACUGAAGCGAAGGCAGACCCUUCCCAGAAGGCGUCUGAGGAGUCAGAGUCAGCUUCUGGUCUGGGACCUGACCUCACAGCCUCUGUGGAAACUACCUACAGCGAGCAGAGCUCCUCCUCUGCUGGCUCCAGCUCCUCCUCCGACCAGCCGAUCUACUUCCGGGAAUUUCGUUUCACCUCUGAAGUGCCUAUCUGGCUGGACUAUCAUGGCAAACAUGUUGUCAUUGAACAGGGAACAUUUGCAGGCAUUCUGAUCGGUCUGGCCCAGUUAAACUGCUCUGAGUUGAAGCUGAAGAGGCUCUGCUGCCGACAUGGUCUCCUUGGUGUGGACAAAGUAAUCCAGUACGCCGUCACUGAGUGGCUGGCAGACAUCAGGAAGAAUCAGCUGCCGGGCAUUCUGGGAGGUGUUGGCCCUAUGCACUCGGUUGUCCAGCUGUUCCAUGGAGUGAGGGAUCUCUUCUGGUUGCCCAUAGAGCAGUACAGGAAGGAUGGGCGCAUCAUUCGCGGUCUCCAGAGAGGGGCAGCGUCCUUUGGCACCUCCACAGCAUCAGCUGCUCUGGAGCUCAGCAACAGGCUGGUCCAGGCCAUUCAGGCCACAGCAGAGACGGUGUACGACAUCCUGUCUCCAACUCCCCCUUUAAACCGCUUCGCCAUCACAGAAGGCCGGGCCCCCUCUAGCCGGCCUCGCAGGGCGGCUCAGCCUGCAGACCUCCGAGAGGGUGUGGCCAAGGCAUACGACACCGUCAGAGAGGGAGUGAUUGACACGGCCCAGACCUUGUGCGAUGUAGCAUCCCGUGGCCACGAACAGAAGGGUCUGCCUGGUGCUGUUGGCGGCGUCUUACGGCAGAUCCCACCCACCGUGGUCCGACCUUUAAUAGUGGCCUCUGAAGCCACCUCCAAUCUGCUUGGUGGCAUGCGGAACCAGAUCAAGCCAGACGCCCGGAAGGAGGAUUUCCUGAAGUGGCGCAUGGAGGACGGCCAAGAAUGAUGACCGCCUUUCUUGUCUGUGUGAGAAAGAAUGAGUGUGUGUGUGUGUGUGUGUGAGAGAGAGAGAGGUCAUGAUUUGGGAAAGUGUCUCAACUAAGGGAGCAAAUGUGUAUUUGUACGUGUGUGCGGACUAAUGUGAGUCAUAGUGUGCUCCAAUGCAAAAACAAAGCAACGAAGAAAGACUACUGCAGUUACUGACACCCAUUGUUUUAUGUGGCUCCAUCAUACAUGGACUAAAUCAGAUUUAAUCAUUCUGUUGUGCAUUAAGCAGGCACUCUCCUCAUAUAUCCUUUCUCCAGUAAUACACUAGUUUGCAGAUCACGGUCUGUUCAAACAUAUCGUCAUCGCUCUCAACUGGCUUCAUUUAAAUCUAAGCAAGGGCAGGUAGGAUUAUCACUCAAGGUCUCCCUGUUCAUGGACACAGAUUGUGGGCACUGCUGAACUGAUUGAAACUCUUUGUAUUCUAAUUCAAAGUCAGGAUUUCUGGCACAAUUUUACCUUCUUUGAAAGUUCAUGUAAAAGAGAAAUGGCUUCCUUAGUAAUAACACAGCUUAACUGUAAAAUAAGUGCUUCAGCUUUCGAUGACUAUUUCAUAGCUUGGAAAUGCGUGAACUUGUGCCAGAAAUAUCCACUCUGUAUGUAUUCUUAUUCACUGAUCACUAGCUGUGAAUAAAGUCAGAAAGGGUUUCCAGCUGAUUAAUUAAGGUAUCGGUUUACCUUUUUUUUUUUGGGUACAAUGUGUGAUGAAGUGCUUACGUAUAAUUAUUGUCCAGUGAUGCUCAUAGUGGAGACAGGGAAAAUAUUUUAACAAAGUGUCCUUUACUAACAUCCUCAAGGUUUUGGCAAGUGGUUUUCAGCCCGACUUCACAACACAACCUAAGCUCAUUGGCCCUUUGGCUAUGCACCUGCUUCUCAGUGCUGUUAUUUGUGCCAUAAACCUUGCAGAGUGCCCUUUUAACUGGUUUGUGUUGCCUUCCUCAGCCCUGCACUUUUGCUACUAGAAGUAUAACACACACUGGCUCAUAUUGAUACACAUCUGACCGAGGACACAUUCGAAACUCUCUAGCACAUUGGAUUCUGUUUGUUUCACAAAGUCAAGUUGCAUUUCAGCCAUCUGUAACUUGUGGUAAACUGUCCAGAUGUCAGCCAGUAGUUACUCUACCUGCAGCUCAUUUGUGCUUCUGUUUCUGAGUUGAAGACCUGGAUCUGAUUUAACCUCCUACUUUUCCCCUGAAUUGCUUUGCCCACUUCUUUAGUUGCCUUUUUGCAUUUUUUUUUCAUUUGUUUUGUAUUUUGUUAAAACAAAAGUAUUGUCAUACUCAUUUCAAAAUAAGAAUUGAGAAGAUGUGAAUCUGGUGACAGUGGAGAAUGAAGAAUUGGGGUUUUGUGGUUUAAAAAAAAAAAAGUUUUACAUUUUUAUCUUUUGUUUAAGUGUAAGGGAUGUGUGAAUGAGAGAGUGUGUGUGUGCGCGCGUGCAUGAUGCAUGUCUGUGAGGGUGACUGGUUGACGCUUGUUACACCUCUUGUGUGUCAUUACUAUUGACUAUAUCAUAAACUGUAUGAAUGACCUGUACAAUACAAAGACAAGGAGUAUACAGAAUUAAUACAAAAAAUAAAAAAAAAUUUGACCAUAAAAA